AUGGACUUGCCUACGUCGAAGCCUUUCUCCCCUAAUAUGCUGCAUUCUGAGAAGGAGAGAUGGAUUUGUAUUUAUCCUGUUUAUAUUAAUAGCCGUGUCACUCGUGCGAAAGGACGCAAAGUGUCUGUUGAGCAAGGUGUUGAUAAUCCCAAGCACACUGAAAUAUGCAUGAUACUUCAGAAUUUGGGCUUCAAUCACUUAGCUGAAAAUAAGGUUUAUUCCCGUGAGCGUGAUCCUGCAGAAACUCAAAAUCGCUGGCGUGUCAAAGUGCAGUUGAAAAACGACGAUGGGACUCCCUGUCUUCCUGAAUAUCCAACGCGAAUGUCAUUGCUUCUUCAUCUUGGCAAAACUAUUCCUCUUCUGAAAACACGUCAUUCUGGUGGUGAACAAGUAACCAAAGGUGGCAAGAAACAUAAAAAGCGAUAA